UUCAUGCAGCCCGUCGACGUUGCUCGCUCUCUGAGCGCGCAAUGGCCAUGUCGGGAUGUCCAGGCGCGACAACUUGCCAGUCUGCUUCAUCCACAACUGCCAAAUCCAUCGACUGUAGUUGUCCAUGGUGUCUCCGCGACCUGCAAAUCGACAAUUGUCCGGGGUGUUCUUGCUGCCCUUGAAGCACCGCAUGCUGUUGUUCGAAGCACCGAAUGCAUUACCGGCCGGCAUCUGCUGACGAAGAUCCUUUGGAAUACACUGGAGGCAUUUGGCCAGAAAGACGAGUGGGAAAAGUUCGGCAAGGGUCGAUGCGAGCACGUUAGUACUCUGGUUGUUCUCCUGGAGGAAUGUCUGGCCGCGAGACCUGCAGAGAAACAAGGAAAUUUUGUCUUGGUGUUGGAUGAGAUUGAUAGGCAAAGAGAGGCGCCGCCAACCCUGCUUUCGGCGCUGGCUCGACUUGGAGAAAUUAUUCCAUCGCUUUGUGUCGUGCUAGUCCUGAGCUCGACCCCACGACCACUAUUCCUCCAGAAUGCAUCUGUUCCCCAUGUGAGCUUCCCGCCAUACACUCGUAAAGAGAUGAUUGAUAUCUUGAUGGCUUCCCCCGCGCCCACGAUUGAAGGUCUGCCUGAGGAUAUCAUCUCUCGUGUAUACCCACACUUUGUUUCGACAAUUUAUGAUACAUUGGUUGGACCGACAGCUGGCUCGGUCCAGAACUUCCGAUCUAUUUGCGAGAGGCUAUGGCCCCAAUUCGUGGCUCCGGUGGUGCAGGGCGAAGUACCCCCUGGCAAUGCCGAGUGGGACUUUGCGCGACUUCUGGUUAAGAAAAGGGCACUUUUCAGACACCAAGGCGAAUCAGCCCUUGUUCAUCGCAUCGUGCCCGAGGACACUUCUGCCCUGAGCACGACAUCUCGGAAGCCCUUGUCGACCGGCGUUCCCCGUUCAGGACUGCCCUCCUUGCCAUACUUCUCGACUUUAAUCUUAACAUCGGCAUACGUCGCAUCACAUACCCCACAACGCCUGGACACGAUCUUCUUCUCCAAAUUUUCCUCCUCUUCGCUAUCUGCCCGUAACAAGCGUGCCCACCACCGCCGCCGUCUCAAGGUCCUUUCCCAAGCCCAAGCGGAAGAAAUCAGACAAGCCGCCAACGACGACCCUUCAACUCCAAACAAGAAGGGUAAACGGACCAAGACCCGUAUCACAAAAUCUACCCUCUCCUCCGCCUUUGCUACCUCUUCAGCCACCACCUCUGCCAUGGGAGGUGGCUCCGGUAUAACAGGCCCAUCUACAAUUCUCACAGCGCGCCCAUUCCCACUCGAGCGUCUCCUAGCUAUCUACCACGCCAUCGACCCCAAUCCCCCCGAGAACCCAAUCCGUACAGGCGCAGUUGCCGAUCACAUCUACGCCGAACUGGCCACACUCCGCCGCCUGCGUUUGGUUGUCCCAGCCUCGGGCCACCACGGUGGGCUUGGUACUACAGCAAGUGGAAACACCAGUGCAGAUGCAGGAGAGAAAUGGUGUGUCAAUGUUUCUGGAGAUUGGAUAGGCGAGUUGGCCAAGGGUAUUGGCGUUGAAGUCGGGGAGUGGCUAGCUGGUGGUCUGGAUUAA